AUGAUUGAAUCACCACAACAUCGACGAUUCUCACCAAUGUUUCUCGAGCGACUUAGAGAGGAUAAUCCAACGACGAUACAUGGUGAAGCGUAUCGAUCAAAUAUCCGUACGGUCACGCCAACUUAUAAAUAUGAUUUGAAUAAAUCGAGCCAAGAACUUACCUUAGGUUCAACUUCCAACCUACCGGAAGCAGUUGGAGAUUAUAAAGUAAAAGAAACGCAAGAUCACUAUAAAUUACAAAUGAUUGAUCCAAAAAUUAGUUCAAAUGCAAAUAUGCCAUAUCUAAGUCAAUCAGUUAGCGGAUCAUACCGGAGAAAUCUCGAUUUCCCUAGUGAACAUUCAAAAAGGUCAUUUUUAAAGUUGGAUCCACUGGAAAAACGAAGAAUUCGGUCAGUCGAAACACGUCCAAUAACUACAAGUGCUUAUCUUACCGAAAGUGUGGAUCGUCAUCGUGAUAUGGAAGCCUCCAGGCUACGAGAAUAUUUGAAAGCUAAAGAAGGCGAUGCUAAUAAACCGUGGCAUAAGCCCAACUGGCCAGGUCCAAAGGAAAGGGACGAUAAAGAGCUGCAAGAAAUAAAAAAAACAAUUGAAACUUUGCAAAAGGUUUGUGUCCCUUACUAUAUCGUCGAUUAUGCAUGA